AUGAUAUUUUUGAUAAAAAUUGUAAUAAUUUUCAGUAUAAUCAGACUAGGGUUGGCCGACGUCUCGAUACUCCAGUCAGUGAAGAGCCCAAUUUUCCAUCCCAACGAUAAUGGAGAAGUGGAAAUUGACAUUACGUGGAUCGACGAUGGGUUCCAGCCACAUGUUUCGAAGAUCACCCAUUUCACCAUAUCGUUAUUUGGAGGUUCCAAUAAUGACAUGCGGAACAUUAAGACUUUGGCUCCCAAUAUAACCUUAUCAAGUGUUGAAAAAAACGGUUCUGCUGCAAAACCAAACUGGAACUAUCAGGUCAAGUUUAAUCAGAAUACUACCGGCAACGGAUGGUAUUUCUUUCAAGUUGUAUCGACCAUUGGUGAUUUUGAAACUUACACCAUUCACUAUUCACAGAGAUUCCAGCUACUCAAUAUGGCUAAGAAUACAACCAAUACCCACUGGCAAAACCUCCCUCCGCCUGCUGCCGACACCACCACCUCCCGGGCCACGUCCAAGGACAACCGCAUGUCAGAGUACUUUACAGUCCCGUACGCUGGGCAGACUGGCUCAAUCCGGUAUGCGCCAAUGAUGCCAACCGUGGAUACAACCACCACGAACAAGAGAUGGCAAACCCGAUUGAGCAAACCUUCCUUGACUACUUUUACUAAAGUCGACCAAACCGCUCCUACAGUUGCUUACACCAUCACCCAACCGCAAACCCAGGUGUUUGUCACCAGUGCAAACACUGCAAAGCCCACGCAAAACCCUUCGUCGUGGUAUCCUGCCAGUAAAUUGAUCAAACUGACUCCAAGUAUUAAGUGA